AUGGAAGUUUAUGUUGACGAUGAGGCUAAACUUACACUUCACGGUCUUCAACAAUACUAUGUUGUCAUCUUUGUGCGUUCCGUCACCCGUUGCCGAGCUUUGAAUCAACUCCUCAUUGAACAAAACUUUCCUUCCAUCGCCAUUCAUCGUUCAAUGCCGCAGGAUGAACGUCUUGGCCGUUAUCAACAAUUUAAAGAUUUUCAGAAAAGAAUUCUUGUUGCGACUAAUUUGUUUGGACGUGGAAUGGAUAUUGAGCGUGUCAACAUUGUUUUCAAUUAUGACAUGCCUGAAGAUACUGAUACAUAUUUGCAUAGAGUUGCUCGUGCUGGACGUUUUGGUACAAAAGGACUUGCUAUCACAUUUGUUUCAGACGAGGCUGACGCGAAUACAUUGAACAGUGUACAAGAUCGUUUUGAUGUGACAAUUGCAGAGCUUCCAGAACAGAUUGACGUUGGAAGUUAUAUUGAAACUCGAUCUGGAAACAACACCAACAAAAAUGGAACGGAAUAA